UAUGAUCCAUUCAGAUGAAAGUAGUGGAGAUCACUUCUCUCCCAAUUCUUAGUAUAAAACUUUCUUAUUUUAGACACAACAACAAUCCUAAUUCAAGUCUAAAAGAUAAUGGAAAGAAAUACGCAGUAAUUGAUCAUUAGAUUCGGGUUUAAUUGCUUAAACGUAUUUUAUCUAAAGCAGCAACAAUUAAAGAGGCAGCAAAAGAAUUUGGAGUCAAUUUUAGUACAGCAAAGGCCAUCUUAUAAACUUAUAGAAAAGAAGGAAGAAUUGGAAAAAAGAAAACUAGAGACAGAAACAAAAAAAAGAAAGAUGAUUCAGAUUAUCAUUUUAUAAAUACAAGAAAAGUGUAAUCUAUGUAUGAUUUGGAAAGAGAAGCUCCUUAACAUAGAAGAACAUUUUCACCUGAUUUGAGGGUUUGUUUAUUCUAAAUAACUAUUUUAGCCUGCUGAUAGGACUAUAAAUUAACAUCCAUCAAUAGUACAAUAGCAAUUAAAUUAUUUAAAUUCUUAAAGUUAGAUAGGUUCCACUCCAAAUUUAGAUGAACCUAAUGCUUAGAUGGCUUUAGCGAUAUGUUAAAGAGAGUUGGCCCAGUAAAAAAUGAUUAAUAUGCAAUUAUUAAUGAUGCUUCAAGUAUUCAUAUAUAUAUGUAUACUCUAGACUUAUCAAACUUAAGGUUAAUAAUUAUAGAUAGAAUAAGUCAAAGUAGAAUCAGAUAAAUAAAAUUGAA